AUGGGCACGAAGAAGUCGCAGGAGCUGGAAACCAUGGUUUCACCAUCAAGGCUGUUCAAGGCUUUGAUCACUGAGUCCCAAGAGGUUUUGCCCAAAUUCAAAAAUUUAAUAAAGAGCGUUGAGAUUGUCCAAGGCCAUGAAAUUGCUGCUGGAUGCGUAGUCAAGACCACCUUCCCUGAUGGUGCCCCAUUUAAGUUCAUGACACACAGGAUUGAUGCCAUAGACAAAGCAAACUAUAUGUGCAAGUACACUCUAAUCGAUGGUGAUGUCCUAGGCGAAAAAGUUAAAAAAGUGUGCUACGAGAUCAAAUUAGAGGCCUCCGAAAACGGUGGGUGCAAGAUCAAGCUCGACAUUGAGUAUCACUCAAAGGGUGAUGCCGAAAUAACAAAUGAAGAAAUAGAAGUGGGGACUAAACAAGCUCUAGGGCUCUACACGGCUUAUGAGGAGUAUCUCAUUGCCCAUCCCAACAGUUUUACCUAA